AUGACAGAUGUGUACGAUGGUCAGGUUUGGAAAGACUUCCAACACGACAACAUCAGUGGUAAUCCCUUCUUAUCUGAACCAAUAGAUUUGGCACUUAUGCUUAAUUGUGACUGGUACCAGCCCUACAAGCAUUCUGAGUACUCAGUAGGAGUGUUAUAUCUUGUGAUCCUGAACCUGCCCCGUGAGGAGCGGUUUAAGGAGGAGAAUCUGAUCAUUGUCGGGUUGAUCCCUGGGCCAAAAGAACCCAAGUUAGACAUUAAUACAUUCUUAGAACCGUUGGUAGAAGAGCUACAGGACCUAUGGAACGGUGUUCUUCUCAGAGACAACUCCAGCUGCGGAGCCCAUAUCUACCGAGCGGCCCUUGUCUGCCUUUCCUCUGACAUUCCGGCCAUCCGCAAGUGUGGAGGCUUCGUUGGACAUGUAGCGUUGAGAGGAUGCAGUAAGUGUCUGAAGACAUUUACGAGAGAGCGGUUUGGGACGAAGGCAGACUACUCUGGUGCGGAUCGAACGGCUUGGACCCCCCGCGUGUCUUCUGACCACAUCCACUACGCAAAGAUGGCCAGGAGGGCAAAGACAAAGGCGGCCAAGAAGAGACUGGAAGACUAG